UGGCGCUUUCCCUCGGGAUCCCCCCGCUUGUUGCGCAGCCUGGCGCUCGGGCGCAUGGAGAGGCGACCAUGAGCCGCCACCACCACCUGCGGCCGGGCUGAGGAGGAAGAGGAAGAGGAGGAAGAGCAGCCUUCUUCGCGUCCUCCGCUUGUGGCGCGGAAGGGCCCCCGGCCCCACCGACCGGCUCCUCCUGGGGCGCCUCGCCGGGUCCCCGCCUCCUCUCCAGCCCGCCUCCGGCGUGGCAACGGCAGGCGCCGCCGCUUGCAGGCAUGGGGAAUCAGGUGGAGAAACUCACCCACUUGAACUACAAGGAGGUUCCUACGACUGACCCAACAGGGAUGGACAGAGAUGAAGGUCCCAGGAUUGGGGUCUCCUACAUAUUUUCCAAUGAUGAUGAUGAUGUGGAGCCACAGCAGGACUCGGUGGUAGCAGACCUUGGUGGAGAACAUCCUGCACCACAGCCAUAUGACCCCCGGCUGCAUGAAGUGGAAUGUUCGGUCUAUUACCGCGAUGAGUGCAUUUAUCAGAAAAGCUUUUCCGGAGAGGAUACGUUACCCGAUGAGGAUGGUGAUGGAGGGGGCCAUCUUGCUACAUACACACCUGAAAAUCUGUUGAACAAAUGUAAACCUGGUGAUCUGGUAGAGUUUGUGUGCCAGGCCCAGUAUCCCCAUUGGGUGGUGUACGUAGGGGAUUUUCAGGUGGUGCAUCUCCAUAGAUUGGAAAUUGUGAACAGCUUUCUGACGGACGCCAGCCAGGGCCGGAGGGGCCGCAUCGCUAACCAGUUGUACCGUUACAAACCUCUGAGUCCCGCCACGGUGGUGCGGAAUGCCUUGGACCAAGUGGGUUGCAAGGAUCAGGAGCUAAGUUGGAGGAACUCGGAGUGUUUUGCAGCUUGGUGCCGUUAUGGCAAGCGCGAGUUCAAGAUUGGUGGCGAGCUGCGCAUCGGCAAGCAACCCUACCGGUUGCAGAUCCUGUUAGGGGAGAAACGCAGCCACACGCUGGAGUUCCAAAGCCUGGAAGAUCUCAUCAUGGAGAAGAGGAGGAACGACCAGAUAGGGAAGAUGGCGGUCUUCCAAGAACUUUCCAGCCAUCUUCAGGCAGCUGAUGCAGAAGAGGAGGAGAACAAUGAGCCAGCUGCCCGGACGGCUCCAGAGUAGCUGCUCUCUUGCACAAGCGGGCUGCUUAGCCUGGGUGAUGGGGAUUAAAACUGAAGGCAGCGAAAUUGAGCUGUUGCAAGCCCUUUGGGCUGCUUCAGUGCAGCUUCACUCCAAUCACAUGUGAAGGGAAGGUUGGGGGGGAGCUGAUUAAGUGUCAGCGCUUGAGCACUUAACCCCUUCAGUGCUCAGUAGUACCAGCAACUUUUAUUUGCUGAGCAUUAAAACUCAGGGAGAGCUUCGUAACUCUCUGUUUAUGCAUAAUUUCCCCUCCCAAACCUCUUUCUCAAGUUUCCACUGCUCUAAAUUGGAUGAGGCCUGGAAGCUUUCAACUACAUGAUUAAAUUGAGUGUCUGGGAGGCUCCCCCUUUUCUUUCCCACCCCCAACACUUCUGUCUUCUCGUUUGCAUUGGCAUCUGUGGAAUUUAUUUACUUAAGUUUAUUAGCUGUGACCUCCAUGGGGACCUUCCAGCCUCACUGCUCUCCCUCCCCCCCCCGUCCCUCCAAGGAUUUAAUGGCCAAAACUCUGUUAAGUGUAUGUAAUUGGGUUGGUUUGUUUGUGCUGGCUGUUUUCGAUCAUGCAAAACAACUUGGGGAAGAUGUGAUGUGAAGGUAUACACUGCCUCUCCAGAUGUUCUCUGCAAACUCAGGAGGCUCUAAGAGCCCUGUGCCUCUUUUUUUUUUCUUUU